UAUCCGCCGAUUUGACCUAUGUGUUUAUUUCGAGGGGCUUCGCUCUCUGCAGGGACACGAGAUAUCGCGUGACGACAUCCGAAUCCUAUCGAUGAAUCUUCAUUAUCGCUGUUCCGUGCUUUGAAAACACGAUCAUCGCACAAGAAACACGUCUCAAAAUCUUUAGCAGUUUAUUGAAUUGAGGCACAUGGUGGUAUCAACUAGAAGAAUGUCGAAACGAACGCUGGAGCCAGUAGAUCAAUGGCUAGCUAAGGAAGGUUAUUUCAGAAAGCCUACUCCCAGAGAUCCGACCUGCUUAUUCAGGGCGAUCAGUGAACAGGUGUAUCAUACUCAACAUUAUCAUUUGCGAGUGAGAAAAGAAUGUACAGAUUUUAUGAUGAAAAAAAGGCAAUUGUUCACGGAUUCUAUGACAACAUCAUUUGAUUAUUAUGUGAAAGAAAUGCAGUGCUUCACAGAGUGGGGAGGCCCAAACGAAAUUCGUGCCUUGUCCCUGCUUUAUAAAAGAGACAUAAUCAUAUUUGUUGGAGAAAAGCAGAUAUGUGAGAAUGUUACUAAUAAUGGUUUCAAAAAAGGCGUUAUAUUGCUAUGUCACACAGAACCGAAGCAAUACGAACCUGUUUAUCCAAUGGCUUUUGUCCAAUCGGCUGCUUACUGCCAAUCUAUUGUUUAUGAAGUUGUAUAUAGGUAUUUGUAUCAAAUGCCUAACAUAAAGACUGUUGCGGAUAAAAUGCUACAUAAUCGAAAUUCUGCAUUUAGACAUGACAAAUUUUUUCAGAAGGGAAAUCUUGAUAUUAGAGAACAAUUGAUUGAAGAUUUAUACAAAAAAGUGAAGAAUGAACAUAAUGACACAGAUGAAGUGCAAUCCGAUUGGAAGGGAGCACCACCAAUUCCUUAUAAAGUUGCAAAAGCGCUAGCUCCCGAUUAUUAUCGCAACAUAGAGUUAGACAUAUGGCACGAAUUGAAACGAGAGGUAAAAUCCGCAGGCUGGAAUAGGUACAACAGUAAUGAGCUUCAAGUCGGUGGCAAAUGUUUGAUAGAAAUCAGUAUAAACGAUUUAGAACAAUGUGACAGAAAUAAUAACAAAAGUUUGUGCGCUAAUUCGUCAGAUCGUAGUGCUAGUGAGAGUAACAGUAAGACUGAACAGCAAAAAUUGAAGCAGGGGCCCCUUUGGCUCCAUGGUUAUAUACAAGAAAUGCAUACAAAUAGAGAACCGGUCUUAGUCUUUAUCAAAGACCUCGGAGAGAAAAAAUUUGUCCCAUAUGAUGCUCUAAAACCAUUACCUGUAGUGAGGAAAAAUAGGCAGAAAAAUUGGGUAGCAGUCAAUAGAAAUCAUUCGGUUAAUUCAGAUUCAAGUCGACGAUGGAAUAAAUCAUAUAACUCAUUCUCGCGAAAGAAAAAAGGCACCAUAAAUAUGGUACAUGGAACAAGUAAUGCAAAUAAAAAUACAUUAGUGAAUAACGAUGACAAUAAUAAUAAUAAUGUUGAUAGUGACGAUAUCAAUGAUGUUGAUAAAACUAGAACUGAUGAGCAAAACUACGAACUUUCUGCAAUAGAUCAAUGCCAAACAGAGAAUCAGUCUGUAGAAGAUUAUUGUGAUCAUACGACAAAUGAAGAAGCUAACAGCUUGCCUGUGAUGGUUACACUCAACAAUUCACAGUCCAUAGUGUCAAACAGUGUAGCGCAAAAAGUAGGAGAAGAGCAUAAAAAAGCAGUAUUUAGAAAAGUGAACAAUACUGCAAGAAACAAAACUGAAAGAUCUAAUAAUUCUCGUAAUAGUCUUCAGAAUUCAUGCACAAAACUAAAAGUGUUAGAUGAGAAUUAUUGUUCACCUUGCGAUGGUAACCAACAAGUCGACAUGGGCGGCAAUCCGAAUGUAUCUUAUGUUGUCGCAGAUAAUGGCAAUACAUACUCCGUUUAUCCAUACAUGCCAGGGAAUUUUGGAGAGCACAAUCAAAUGGAUCAUACAUUCGCAUCUAAUUUCUUUUAUAAUCUACACCUGCUACAUUUGGAGGAUACUUUUCGUACCUUAAACCCAACUUAUUAUGGACCUAUGAUGUAUGGGCCGGGUCAUCACGGCGUGCAACCUCUAGGAGCACCAUCGGGAAAUGCUCAUGUUCCAUGUAUGCAAGAAGAAAUGGAGCAUCUUGUUAACGGGAUGCAGAAUUGUUCGCUAACGUAUAGUGAAGGAGCAGGUGCUAAUGAUGAUAUUUCCAACACUUCGCAUCAGAGCAUGAAUAGUGCACAGAAUGCAAGGCAGCCGAAGCAAGGACUGAAAAGUUUAAGUGGAAAAGAUCCCUCAUAUCAAGUUGCACAGAAAGGAAAACAGACUGGAACUGCUAAAGGCACAGGCAACAGGAUGCGAAAUCGCCAGCAGAAUCGUGGAUCGAUGUAUUCGAUGCAGCAGCACCCGAGUCAGCAAUACGGCGCGGCAUACGACACGUGUAGAAACGAUACGCACGUGAUACAGCAUGGCCGAUCUUGGGAUCCGAUGUUGCAUCAAGUAAUGUCUAAUGCGCCGAACGCUUACGCAUCACCGCAAUAUGCGCCACCGCCGCCGGGUGUAUUCUCUUCUCCGGUACCGUAUCAGGAAAUGCCAUCACACUACACCACGGGAAACGGUAGCUAUGUACCAGUGCCGUCAUAUUUACCACCUCAGCACGUCGAUGCGGCCGAGAACGCGACUAUGCCGUCGUAUCCGCAACAUCUUUACUCGCCAACAGAAAGUCCUUACUCACCGAGUCAUCCGCCAACAGCGGGCCAGCCGAUGCUGUAUUCGCAUCCUGUGAUGUAUCCACAGCCAAUGCAGUAUCAUGCUAUGUUGCCGCCGCACGUGCAAGAACAAUGGAAUCCAGUAUUGGGACCACAGCCUUAUAUGCAAUGCGCAGCUUCAGCUCCGCCGCAAGCGCAGAUGGUGGAGCCGUCUUCUAAUGGACAAUGUACCACUCCGAAAGGUUCGCUUUAAAUCAUACGUGAUAUAUUUACCUGAAGACUGAGAAUAAUUGUAAGAUUUACUGCAGUAACAAAAGUGAGAAUAACAUUUAGCGUGAUUAAUCAUAGAGUUUAUUCACUGAAAAAGAGAUUUUGAAGACCUGAGGUUAUAACUAUAAAACAUAAGAUUUACUGCAGUAAAAUUAAAAAUAGUUGAAAUAGAUUAAAAUUAACUAUUGUGUAGCAAUAAUUUUUUGGAGUAUUUAUAGAGAUUCAGGUUAAUUAUUGAAAAGUAAGAACAAUAUUGUAAAGCAAAUUAAUUGCUUAUGAUUCGUCAUUCUAAUAUCAUCGUUAGAAGCCAAAGAGAUCGUUCACUGUGAUUUUCUGUAAUUACCUGCCUCGUGUAAUCGAUAGUGAUAGCUAAGCGAGAUCCAUUCAAUCCAAACUAUCAACGCAAUAAAAUCUCGCUACGAUAAAUCGUGAUGAGCAAACUAUUGAGAGAGAAUAUAUACCAAGGCUGUGUUCCAAUAUUCACUGACAGUACUGAAAAUCUAUAAUGCACGUGAUGUAAACUAUAUAGUAACUAUAUAGAUUUUUAAUACUGGCAAUAAACAUCAGAAUGCAGUCUAUGUUAUAUUGCGAUCGACGAAUAAACUGUAUGAUAUCGUUAACGCACACGUCAGCGUCAGCAAUGUUAUCUGGAAUUUCUGUAAGUAUACUCGUAUUUCAAUGAGAUUACGCAACGUAUCGAAAUAUUCGCUCCGCCGCUCAGUUUUACCGGAGAAGGAAAUGUAACAAUGCACUUUUUCCAGGUUUUAUUAAUCGAAGCAAUUUACUUACAAAAGCCAAUAUAGGGCAAAGAAUGAGAAUACGCGGAAUGACUGCCAUCAUGAUGCUUACACCUUUACCAUAUAAUAAAAAUAUAUAAUAUUAUAUAAUAUAACAAAGAGAUCGAUAUCAUUUAUGACACAGAUUACGAGAAACAUGAAAAAAAAAAAUCAUCUCGUGUUAAAAAGGAUCUUAUGUCAUAAUAUGGUUAAAAAAUUACACGAAACAAAAAAGAUAAGUUAUACAAGAUUUUACGACGAAAUUUUCAUUAUUUUAUCUGUAUCACUAAUAAGAUGAUAUUUCAAUUCUACAGUAUACAUUAGUUUGUCCAAAGACUUGUCUUUAUAAUAUAAUAUAUAUUGGAUUUGAAUCCAUAUUAAUUACAAUAAUAAUAAAUAUAAACAGUCACAUAUCCUUACUUUUACGUUAAAGCUUGAAAGAUCAUAUAUAUUAAUGUAUUUAUAAUAUAAAUUGCAUUAACAAAAUUAACUUGUUCAUUAUUUAAUAUUUCUUUUACAGUAUUGUUAUUUAGUUUUAGAGCAACAAAAAAGAAAUUCAAGGAGUUAAAGAGAGAUAUUUAAUAUUAUCGAUACAAAUUAUAAUAUUACACAGUAUUCGACAAAAUGUAUGUCAACGAUCAAUAGUAUGAUAUAUAUUAUUAGAAAUUUAUUGAAGUUUAAAUAAAAGAAAGAUAUUCAUAUAAAUACAUAUCUAUAUAUAUGGAUUUGGAUUUAAAAUAUAUUAAAAGUCUCUGAUGAAUAAAGCUAUAAGAACGCCAAUAAAACAAAAAAAUUCUUCAAUUAAUUAAUACAAUAAAAUUUAAAAAGUUCAGCGAUUAAUUGUUAAUGAAACCGAGUACUUUCUUAUAUAUGCAUACUUCUAGGAAAUUCUAAUAUCGAACCGUACAAUAAUCUUCCCCAUAUAUAUAUGUGUGUGUGUGAAAAGAAAGAUUACUCCUUAAGAUAAGCACCUUAAAAGUGAUACAGCUACAUAAAAUCGCCAUUACAAAGCUUGAGUUUGAUUUUUAAAUCGCCGGUAUUCUCUACACUCGUAUAUCGUACAACAUGCUAAUGCUAGAGGCACCCUAAGAGCUGAGAUUCCACAAAAAGUAAUCAAGAAAAGGUCUAGUGUGAUACACGAAGCUUAAUGUUAAACUAUUUACACGUAUAUUACACUUGAUCUUCGCUAUAUACAAUCGUAAAUCUCAGGAAGAUAUUAUUGAUAAUGAAGAAAAAAAAACAGAGAGAUGGAAUGAUAGAGUCCUACGUUUCUUCGUAAUGUACAAUCUCCAUAAACAUAGGAGCGUGACUUGUAAGGAAAUACUUAUAGCGACUAUACUCUCGUGCUACUACUUGGUGUCGACAAAUCUAUUUGGCAUUAGAGAGGCCGCGAAAUCUUUACAGUUUCGUGUAUAUUUUCACGGUGUACUAUUAAUUUUCCUUGCAAAAUUUCCGCAUUCAAGAGCUAAAUGUCCUAUGCAUUUCCACGAAAAAAAAAAAUCCUUAUUCCUCAUUACACAAUUUUACAUAAUAAAACUUGCUGUAUUAGACUCUGGCAUAGUUACCGUUGGUGUCUCGUCAAGUGGAGCAAACUCUAUAAGACAUAGUGCAUCGAUCAAUCGUAUUAUCUAUCUGUACAUUCGCAACACAGUUCAAAUACACAAUAAUCUUAACAUAUUUAAUAUUGGACUGAUAAAAAUGAAGGGAAGGUGGAAGGAACUGAAAAAGGGAAAAGUGGAGCGCGUUGAAUGAUUAGAAAAAUCACAACAAUAUCUAGAAUGAAAAAUAAUAACGAAAAAUUUCCACUCGAUAAUAAACAAUUGUCUUUCCGAUCGCUUUCAAAGCAAUAUGGAAAGAGCGUAUAAUUUAUUAAUAUAGUGUUGGUUUGUUUACUGGUCGAUUAACCAACACGCGACAGAGUUUAAUGAUCGGUUAAAAAAUUAUCAUUCGUGGACACUUAUGCGAAGGAGGAAAGCAAAACAGAUAACGCUGCGACGCGUUUCUCAGAAAUUUUAUUUUCGCAUAAUCCAUGAAAAAGAGAAAUCAUUUUACCAUAAUUCUCAUAUAUUCCAUUUCAUUCAGUCACUAUUUAUAUACGAUAAAAGUAUUACAGUAAUUUGCUAUGUACGAAUUAAUCUUUAUAGCCACUUUCAUACCAGAUCUGAAUCGUAGGCUCGUUAUGCUAUAGGACCCCAGGAUGUCAGCUCUGAUUUGAAAACAACUCUCUUCUCUCUAUAUAAGUCCAUAUUAAAUAUAUUUUACAAUAAUAUUAUCAUUGUACAUGAGAACAACGUAUGCUCUACACCUCGCGUUGCUUAUCGCUAAUUAACCAGCGCAAAAGAAGAAUUUUCACUGUUUGAUUAGAAUAAAAUUAAAAAUGUAUAGAUAUAAUGCACAUGGUAUACAUACACGUAUAUCAUAAACAUUUUCAUCAAUGAAAAAAAAAAAAAAAAAA